AUGUCUUCACUAAUAACUGCUGUAUUCAAAGCCACUAUCGGCCUGUUGGUGAAUAAAGGAAGAGAUAAACUGGCAGAAAAGUUGAAUGAGGGUGAUGUUACAGAUCAGAAAUUCCGUGGCCUGAUCGUCCGUGAAAUCGAUGAAAUAAAAUCGAAGUUAGAUGGUUUGGUAAGAAAGGAUUUGAAGACAAGUAUCAGCCUUUUUAAGGAAGGAAUCGAGUUGUUAUAUGAAGUGUUUCAAAGUGCCAGACCCAGUAGCGAGCAUCGCGCGAAAACAGCAGCUGCAACAGCUUGUGUUGAACAAUUCGAUAUUGCUAAAGAAAUUACGAAAUUGGAACUUUCUGCCUUGGAUGAGUCCGCCACGAGGAAGCUUACUAAAGCCAAGAAGAGAUUUGAAGAAGCUCGCCUAGGAGCGACAAAUGCUUUCAAUAAUGAAGCUUUGGAGUUGCCUGAUCGUCUGUUAGCUAUGCAAUAUCGACUGAUGGCGACAAUACUGGAGACGGUUGACUAUCCUUCCGACGCAUUAGCGGCUUGUAGAGUCUGCCUUGACGAGUUACACCAAGUGCCAGCUGUUAAAGAAUAUUUCAAAGUUGAGUUGGAGGAAGGAUUGAGAUUGAGGGCUCUUUUUAACAAAGAAGAAAGAAGGCAAAUAAUUUUUUCUGUCUGCCACGCUAAUCGUGUGAUCUAUGAUGUAAUGAACAUGCUCGGUAGUGUAACAAGAUGGACGUUGCCUUAUGUUGAAACUGGGAAAGAGAAAGUGGAUCCGCUCCGCAACGAAAGAUUUGUUAAAGCGUUGAAAAAACAAGGUAACGAGCACUGCUGUUUACUAUGGUCAUUUGGUCAGGAGGGUGAAGAGGAGCACAAGCUGAAGUUGGCGUGUGGUAUCGCUACAAAUACCAAAGGACAGUUCCUUGUGGUAGACAAUGGAGAUAACACCGUGAAGGUGUUUGAUAGCAACGGAAAGUUUGAUUUUAGGUUUAAUCCUCAAAUUGAUGACGCCGAUACAAAGUUACGUAUUUUGGAUGUCACCACUGCAGGCGAGGACGACAUGAUCUAUUUACUGGUCAGACUGACGAAGCCUAGGGCUGCCAAAUUGGAGAGUACGGAAGUGCAGGUUUUUAACAAGACCACUGACCGUCAGCACAAGUUUCCUGUGAGGAUCGGGGACUGGAGACUAACAGUGAGCGGCAAACAACGCGGCAAAAUUCUGCUGUUGGCAGGUAACGUUGUUGAUAUUCGCGAGCCGAGUGGCGAGCUUGUUUGUAGCUUUGGAGAUGGAGUGUUCAAGGAUGCAAGAGAUAUCACUGCUACUUGUGAUGGUCGUGUUUUUAUAGUGGACCUACGCGGUGAGAGUUUCUACUUAUUUGAUGUGGAGGGACACCAGCUUGGCAAAUUUAAUAUCGAAUGUGAGAGAGAUAUCUAUCGUCGCAUUGCACACCCGGUAAGCGACCUUGUUGUCCUUGUUGGUUCUGAACGAGAGACAUACCGCCUGACGCUGGCUUUAUACACUGUUAAUGGCGAAUUUGUUCGCAGAAUUCAGCUGGAUGAAAAAGUAUUUUUUGUAACUGGAAUAACAGUGACGGUGGAGGGUCACAUUGCUGUAGCUUAUUUCAAAGGAAAGGUAAUAGUACUUGGUUAA